GGGAUAUUUUGAUGUGGCGCAUUAUAUAAACUUGUGAACGAAUUCCCCAAAAUACUCGACAUAUAUUCAAUCCUAACUUUCAUCAACCUUGACUGAGUCCUUGUCAUGGUAGAUUCUGAAAAUUCAACAGACAGAAAAUACUACAUUGAUUUCGUCCCAACAAAUUCUGCACAAGCCAUUCAGAAAGCAGUUACUCAUUUAUAUUGCUGUGAAGAUAUCGUGAUUAAAGGAAAACUAGGAAGCGGCUAUUUCGGCUCAGUAUUUUUGGUAAUCAAUCUAAAAUGUUUUAUUAUAAUAAAUUAAGGUAAGUCAUCGUCCAACUAAAAGGCUUAUGGCUAUGAAGUUGGCUAAUGAAGCGUCUUUUCGCCAUCGAGAAAUCGAACUUCUGGGUUCUUUAAAUCAUAUCAAUGUCCUGAGACUCUAUGGAUCUUGUUUGAUAGGCGCUCGGUUUGUUUGUUUAACAGAAUACGCUAAUGGAGGUAGCUUAGCAGGUCUUUUGGCCGCCAAAGCGUUAAGCUUGUCUUGGUCUGUUCGGAUCAGUUUAGCUUUGGACAUUGCCUGUGGUCUUCACCAUCUACACAGUCACAGUCUAAUUCAUCGAGAUUUAACCUCUCAGAAUAUCCUUAUUCGAGUUCACUCUCGGUCAAAUCCAGAUACAACAGAUAAUCAUUCUGAUUCAACCUUUAACUUUGACUAUCAGACAGUUUGUAAUGACACUUUCCAAGAUCGACUUACUCAAUCCAAGCUAUCUGACUCCGAAAGUGAUGCAUUUGUUCAGGGAAGCAAACAUACCAAUGGUUUAUCACAUCAAUCUUGUCAUUCUCAUAAUCUUUGUCGACGUUACAGCAGUCGUGUCAGCCGACAGCGAUCUCACCAGUUUAGCAGAAUACAUUCAGAUGAUGAAACCAACGAGUUUUUACCAGCCAGCUCUUAUUCAAACGAAGAAUAUCCCACAGAUAUAGAUAAAUCUGAUCUGAAUUUAGCUCAUCUACUUUCAUUUGCAAAUCAACAUACUGACGAAUUGUCGUGUUCAAGUAAACCAAUUAUCCCCUUCAGCUAUUUGCAGUCUAUUCCACUUAUUGAACCACAAUGGAAGCAGCUGAUUACUAAUGAUCUGCUUGUUCUAAAUUGUUUAACUCGAUCAGAAAUCUCAGUAUCACCAAGCAGUUCUCUGGAAUUCACUGCACUUGUAGCCGAUUUGGGUUUAUGCUUGGAUUUGAAACAGGAUCAUUCAGAUACAGUUUCAGUCGUUGGAAACCCAUUUUAUGCCGCUCCUGAAUGCCUGAAUCGAGUAGCACCCUAUACAUUUGCUGCAGAUAUAUUUUCCUACGGUCUUUUGAUGUGUGAAUUAAUAACGCGUCUCCACAACGACUGCUCACUCAUACCCCGUACACCGUCUUUUGGCUUAGAUCAAGAAAACCUCCCGGUGCCUCCUGAUUGCCCUACUUGGUUUCUCCAGUUAGCCGUCGACUGUUGCACUCUUGACCACUUGUUGCGUCCACAUAUCUUAGGCAUCAUUGAUUCAAUUGAAAAAAGUAAACUCGAUUUAUCUUGUCACGCAAAAGUUCAUUCCCAGUCUCCUGUACCUGUACAAAGCUCCACUACAAAUGGUUCACAUAAUAUUGAGUCCCCAAAAGCUGUUCUUAAAUCUCCCCUAUAACAUCACAUGAUCUCAUUAUUUUGUCUACUGUGGCCGUUUUUCCAGAAGUGGCUAAUCAUUGGUUAGCCGCUUUUGCAAGUUUAUCACUAUAACUGUUGCUAAUCAACAUAUCUUGUUGAUGGAAAUCAUCUCAUGAUUGAUUCUUAGUAUUUUUUGCAAGAAAAGACAAUCAGCUAGUUAAUUCAGGGGGCUUUUCUAUUUUCACUUGCUUGUAAAUUGCGUCAACCAACUACUCCUCUUUGUUUUAUCAUCUAUGAGUCUUUUCUCAAUGUUAACGAGUUCUUUCAAUUAUUAUUUUUGCCUCUUCUAAUUUUUGCUUGAAUUAUCAAUUAUUAGUAGCGCCAGCGCUUAAGUGUCGGUACAUAAGAAACUUACCAGAUGUUCUCUUUUCAAUCCCAACUUUUUGAGUGGAUUCUCAUUAUGUUCUCGGUUUUUUUCUCAAAACAAAAGUGGUCAGAAUUCAAUGUUACUUUAAUUAAUCUUACUUUGUUUUUCUGUUCUUCAUUUUUUUAUACUUUUUCCCAAUCUCGCCUCUAAUAUUAUUUUUUGAAGUAUAACAUUAUAAACACUUACUUCUCAUAGUUAUUUUGUUUCCUUUAUUUGUUCUAUGAUGUGUGAUUACUGUGUUCUUUUUCAUUGUCAUAUGAAAGUAUUGUUCCUACUUUUUGCUGUCUUCCAUAUAUAUAUAUAUAUAUAUA